AUGGGAGAAAUGACGGAGCAAAAGAACUUUUCUGAAGUUAUUACUCAGAUAUUGCAAGCGGGACCAGAUGCCAGAAAACAUCUGGUUGAUAACCAAAGCAACCUCCUCCGAGUCGCAGAUUACUGCGAAAACAAUUUCCUUCAGGCAGAGGACUCAAGCAAGGCCGUCGAGGAAGCCAAGGCUUUGGCUGCCCAGGCACUGGCCAGUGUGACCUACCAGAUCAACAGUCUGGCCAGCACCGUGCUGAGACUGCUGGACUCACAGGCCAUGCAGAUUAAAGCUAUGGAGUCCUCUGUCAACCUGCUGUCACUGGCUGCUGCUAUCCACUUCGAGAAGGUAGCGAGGAGAGAAAUUGGUGUGUUCACUACUCCCAAAAACAGGAGUCGCUCCAAGCUUAUGGCCCCGCCGCCUUCAGGCAAGGAGCCAGAGAAAGGCUACUCAAGAGUGCCAAUAUCAUAUUCCAUCUUGGACUCCACUGGACACUGUUUUCAGAUCCAGUUUUGGCAUCGCUGUGCCUCCGCCAUCAGUCCCCACCUUGCGAAGUGUCACCAACCCCACCAGCGACAGCCUGCCUCCCCCUCCUCCGCCUACUGCUGACCUGGACCCCACUGGGCCUGCUCCUCCACCCCCACCACCUCCCCCUUCCUUCAUGGACAAUGGCCUCCUUCCUCUGCCCUCCUUGACCUCACCCACAUGUCUCCCCCCGCCUCCCCCUCCGCCGACUAUCAGUCUGUCAAACGACAUCUACCCGCCUCCACCUCCUUCAGACGCGGGAGGUGCCCCUCUUCCUCCUCCGCCCCCACCUCCACCAUUAUCAGGAGCUAGUCCUCUUCCCCCUCCUCCUCCACCCCCACCAGUGUCAGGAGCUGUGCCACCUCCUCCUCAACCACCACUUAAUAUUGGCACCUCUGGUAUUGUGCCACCACCACCUCCACCUCCACCUCCCCCUCUUCUACAUUAAUGAACCAUAUAGUUCAUGUUACUGGAUGA